AUGUUUUGCAAUAAUAAGUUGCUAAGAAUUUUCUUGGUGGCUGCGUUUGUGCUUAUACCGAAGUCUUCGUCCAGACUACUUUGUGGAAUAGAUGUAUUCACUGGCACUAUCAUGGAAGUGCAUGUAAAAUUGGACUGUCGUAAACAGCUAGGCGCACAUCGAAAAUGUUGUACUGCUCAUGGUGUUUGCUAUAUAUUCAAAGUGCAUUGGUCGAAAUGUGAUAGGAAAUACUGCGAGUGUGUUCACGAAAUCGCUGAGAAAGUCAAAGGAAAAUGCAAGAACCAUGCCAAAAACUUCUGCAAAAUUGUGAAGGAUAACGGACGACUUGUUUAUCAUCUUCAUCAGAAAAAAUGA